AAACACUGUGCCCACGCGGUAGUUUCUUCCUCUAACACCUUAUUUGCUGCCAUUGCUUUUCUUUCCCUUUCACUCCCUCACUCUUCUUGCUCAUCUCAAUCCUCCUCCUUCGGCUCCUUUUUCCCUCUCUCCUGAUAGUAAUAAAGUUUGUCCCACCCCCACGGUGCGCUCCCAUCUUCAAUAUGCCAGAUCGUUCAAAUGUCAUUUCUCUCGACGACAUGAUCGCACGCGAGCGCAGAGCUAGAGCUUCUGAAGUUGCUAGCGCAACUCUCGGAAAAGCACGCACCCAAGCGAGCGGCGAUAUUCUCCUGCCAAAUACGCAUCGAGGAGGAGCCGCUGGAGGAGGAGGAAAGCGGACAGGCGCCUCCGGAAGCGGCAUGAGCGGCGGUAGUGGCUCAAACGGAAAAUGGACGCACGACCUCCACCGUAAGGUCAAUCCAAAUGCCUCGCGAGUAUCCAAGCUUCCAACAACCCUCUCGCCGGCCGUCGCACGAUCUCUGCAAAACAACCGACUCUUCGCCGCUCUUCAUGGCACUUCAAAUACCUCCAUAGCAACCUUCCCCCCCAUCUCCGCCUCAAUGAACACACCUCCAAUCGGGCUGAGGAAUAGUAGCAACGGCGGCGGUGGCGAUGGACUCAACAUCCGCGGCGCAUCAUCCCUGUCUCCCGCCGGCUUCUCGAUCAGAGGCUCUGCAGGUCCAUUUGUCGUGCAGGCCGCAAACUUCGCACCAGGGACUACUGCCGAAGACGUCAAAAUGGCCAUGCGGGAUCUUGGCAGGAUCCUCAGUUGCAUAGUGCUAUCCCCUACGCCAUCAGUCACUUGCGAGAUAGUCUUUGAAAAGAAAGAAGCAGCGGAUAAUUGCAUCGCGCAGUUCCAUAAUCAACUCGCCGACGGCCGUAGAUUAUCACUAACCCUCAAAGAAGGCCCCCCAAUCAGUCGCCUGAUGCAGAACCAGAAUUCCACUCUCGGGAAUUCCUCCGCCCGUCUGAACUCCCUCUCGUCUUCACACACCAACCCCAACGCCGCCAGGGAAGAAGCAGACCGUCAGAGGCGGCAGGCAAACGUUAGCUUUCAGGAUGGGAGUUAUGGGGUGCGCCCGCCGCCGUUGUACUCUGAUGCGCUGGUGCAGAAGGGCCGGGGAUUCUCUUCGAGGUAGAUUUGUGGUGGAAGAAGCGCUUUUGUCUCUACUUCUAUUUCUAUUAUCGUAUGUGUAGGCUUACCGGUGGGAACUUUUUUUGUGCCUUCUGUGUUCGUUUGUUCGCUCGCAGGUUGGGGGAUGGGAAUUCAAAUGAGGUAGUCAAUGUUCAAUUCCGGAUACGGAAAAGGAAGCGGGCGUCCCUGGAACACACGAUUUAUUAGAGACCCACGAAUUCUCCCUGCCUGCCAGUGCCACCUCCUCCCACCCCUUUCCUCCCUCCCUCA